UUUUCGCUUUCCAUUGAGUUUGUUUAUGAUGAGUGUACAUAUCUGUCAGCUGUGUGAACUUGACUGUGAAGGAGCUUCUGCUUGUUCAUUAUUUUGCUAUCACUAUUUUGUCCUGUUGGGGUUGUUGUGAGAUAGGCUUAUCUCCAUUGCCUCUACUCUCUCGGUGAAACUACACCACUGAAUGUAUUUCUAUAGCACGUUGGUCAAUCUACCAACUACUGGUUACGUGAUUUCACGAGAUGGAUCUGCUGGGAUCGAUAUUGGGUCCAUGAAAGGACCACCGUCUAUUGACAGCAAGGAGAAACAGGCUGCCAAAGAUGAAAAAGAAAAACUGAAAAAGCAGAAGACCGAGCAGCGGAAGAAGAUGCUUAAUUCCGUCGAAAAAUGGAUUUGAAGAUCAACAAGUUCUGCCAGAGCGAUGAGACGACAAAGUUGGAGUUGGAGCCCAUGAAUCAAGUGGAACGCAGUGCUGUACAUGAGAUAGCCGACAUUGCUGGCCUAGUUAGCUUUGCUUUUGGAGAGGAAGACGUUAAUCGGCAUCUCAUUAUAUGGAAGAAGGAGCAGGCACCGUGCGAUGCAGAGUUAGCGGCGCUAAGGGCGGGCGUGCCGUACGACCCCGCAGCAGUAGCAGCAGCAGCAGAGGCAGCAAAGCAGAGUGCAUCUGCUACUAGGCUGGCUCGACCUAAGCCUGAAAUUGCACCGAACAGCGACUACAUGAACAAAUACAAGAAGAUUAUUGGCAACGAGACCGAGGAGAAGGUUGCACUAAGCGUAGAUGGCACCAAGGUGUUUGGCUGUGUGCCCGUUUCAUUAAAGCGAGACUCUCGCUCCAUCGAGGUGGCGAUGGAUGAAAUUCGUUCUCGCAAGAAAAGCCGUCCAGCAGAUGGCGCGCCGACACCCUCUUCGACUUCUGCAAGCACCGCCGUGGCAGCGGCAUCUGCUUCCGAUGCACCAACACAACCAAACCCUGUGCAACCAUCCGCCGACACUGGCUCACCUUGACUGUACUGGCCAUCCCAUUUAACUUACUUGACACACUCCGGAACGCAUCAUAUCUACUAUCAGUGUAACUUGAACAGAGAAUGAAAGAUCGAGUGUACUACCCAUGCAUGUACAUGUACUUGUAUUAGUAAAUAGGUCUAUAGCUAGGUAGUAGGUAUGUACUUGGACAAAUUUUGAAUUUGCUUUUGUAGGCCCAAACUGCUUACUAUUUUAAUAUAGCAACAAGGAUGACGAAUGCUUACAGUGCAAUUAGUCGUCCUUGUUGCUAACUGUUAUAUUAAAACUGCUGUCUCCGAAACGCUUGUUUGCUUACUAUUGUCCCCACAUUUCUGUCUGUAGUAUUCCUGUACAUAUUGUUGUUGUUGUUGUUGUUGUUAUUGAACAUUGCUUCUUAAUCAUGAUCAUCGUUGCCUGGCGUAUGACCAUGGUUAUGACCAUGACUAUGUAUAUACAUGUAUGGUCUGUGUGUUUCGAAGCAGCCUAAACCUACCUCUGUAAAUAGUAUGUACAGUCGUCAUGUUGUCGCAUACCACAUUGAAUUUUGGUGUAACUUACAUAUACCAUUGCUUGAGGUUUGAGUAACGUCAGUUUUACUGUGCUCUCCGCAUACAUGUAGCUGGUAGUAUUGCCUGGUGGUGCCGGUGGUGCUGCUGCUGCUGCUGCUAUUUUGUUUUCGUGGCAUCCACCAGUUUAGACAUUUUGUAUCUGACCAAGAGUCCAUAAUCACAUCA